AUGGACGCUCCAUUUAAAGCUUCGGACUUGUCGGAUGCGAUCCGCCAUAUACAGGCUCCUUCGGCUCCUGGUAUGGACGGGUUGGCGGCUCCUUUCUACCAGGCUGCUCCAUAG